AACGGGCCAAUCGGAGGGGAAGAGAGAGGGUUGGGGGAAACGCGAGGCUGACGAUCGGCGUGGCUCUGUUAUAAAGGAGAGGAAGAAGGGGGAUUUGCUUCCGGAGAGACGAACAGCUCCCACGCGACCACUCCCUCUCUCUCUCUCUCACGCACGCAGCUUCCGCAUAAUUCCGAGGAGAAUCUUGUUUUGUGCGAGGUAGAUUGAAUCGACCCACCGAUCGGAUCAGUCGAGUGAGGCUCGAAAAUCGUCAUCAUCGAAUCAAAUGGCGUCCGAGAUGGAUCUCGAUCGCCCAAACAUCGAAGAGUACCUCGCCGACUCGGCCAUCGACUCUAACAAGACGCUUCAACUCUCCGACCUGCUUAACGUUGCACCUGCUUUAAGCGAGGCCGCGGGCGCCAUCGUCGACGACUCCUUUACUCGCUGCUUCAAAUCAAAUCCACCUGAACCAUGGAACUGGAACGUGUAUUUGUUCCCAUUGUGGUGCUUGGGAGUCGUAAUUAGAUAUGUUUUUCUCUUUCCACUUAGAUGUAUUCUUCUCGCAACUGGAUGGGGGAUAUUCCUCACGUCGUUUAUGCUUGUACAUUAUCUCUUGAAGGGACAGAACAAAACAAGGCGGCAAUUGGAGAGGUAUCUGGUGGAGUUCAUGUGUAGUGUGUUCGUUGCUUCAUGGACGGGAGUUGUUAAGUAUCAUGGACCACGACCUAGCAUCCGCCCAAGACAGGUUUAUGUGGCGAAUCAUACUUCCAUGAUUGAUUUCAUUGUCUUAGAGCAGAUGACAGCAUUUGCUGUUAUGAUGCAGAAGCAUCCAGGAUGGGUUGGCCUUUUACAAACUACCAUAUUGGAAAGCUUGGGAUGCAUAUGGUUUAACCGUACAGAGGAAAAAGAUCGACAGAUUGUGGCAAAGAAGAUGAAAGAUCAUAUUGAAAAUACUGAGAGCAAUCCUCUUCUUAUCUUUCCAGAGGGAACUUGUGUAAACAAUGACUACACUGUCAUGUUCAAAAAGGGUGCCUUUGAACUUGGAUGCACUGUUUGCCCUGUUGCAAUCAAAUACAACAAGAUUUUCGUCGAUGCUUUUUGGAACAGUAAAAAACAAUCAUUUACAAUGCAUCUGCUUCGACUUAUGACAUCAUGGGCUGUGGUUUGUGAUGUGUGGUACUUAGAACCUCAAACUCUAAAGCCUGGAGAGACUUCCAUUGAAUUUGCAGAAAGGGUUAGAGACAUGAUUUCUGUUCGUGCUGGGCUUAAGAAAGUUCCCUGGGAUGGAUAUCUGAAAUACUAUCGUCCAAGCCCAAAGCUUACUGAAAUGAAGCAGAAAAUGUUCGCGGAGUCGGUGCUCAGGCGAUUGGAGGAGAAGUGAUGCCACUAUGGUCAUAAAUUACCCAUCUUCUUAUGCUUUUGCCUCUUGUAGAUUUAGGCAAUUUUCACUAGUUUCCUUUUUUACGACCAGUCUUGUAUGUUUUUUGAAUUGACCUUCAUGUAAAUAAGAACAAACAGAAGAACUUGAGCUCUAUGAUGACUGUUGCAUACAUGCACAUGCACAAACGCAGAAACAUUCCGACGGACAUGAAGGCCAAGUGGGACUUCCAGUAGUUGGGAAGAUGCAAGUAUUAAAAGCGUUAGCUCAUGUACGAACGGAGGCACUCAUUCUUUCUUGUGGAUUUUGCAACUGCGUGAACUUGAUGUUUUCAAAUAGAUGCCUUGUAAUACUAA